GAAUUAUGAGUCUAAAAUGCCAAAUACUUGCAACUAUUAUGUUAAUCACUGAAAUCUUAGUGUACUAAUUGCUCGCUAUAAGCUAGGUUAUUGCGCCCCUAAACCAACGUACUGACAACGCUACCUCCCCGGAACUCAAACUUUAACUCGUGUCGCUUGAACCAUCUGGCAUCCUGGUCAAAAAUCUGGAAAUUCUCCAGUCCAAGGUCUCUGUGUGUGAAGUUUCGAGAGACACCCCACCACGAUGGCCAUUCCAAGCACAUCUAGCCGCAUUUAUGUCCUCUCCAAUAUCACCAGUCUUACUUCUCAACUUUCGGCGUUGAUGCCCCACUUAAAAUUUGUUGAGAUUCCAUAUACAAUAGACGAGACGAAAGCCACAGCAGAGGAAACAGUAUCAAGGGAACAAAUGAAAUACCUCCAAGAGGCUGAAAUUCUCAUAGCUGAUCCUCUCCUUUUGGGAGGAUACGUGCAAGAGAUGCCAAAUCUUAAAUGGAUGCAAUCAACAUGGGCGGGUGUGGACAGCAUAUUCAGAAGAAUUGAUAAGAACAAGGCACUGCCUAGCUUUCCUUUGACCCGGUUAGCUGGCGCGUUUGGUCCGGCAAUGGCAGAGUUUACUUUGGCCCACAUCUUAGCUCAUGAAAGGCGAAUCGUUGAUGUGCAUGAAGAUAAAAAGAGACGGGAAUGGUUGGGCAGGACUCGAGCAGACUAUCGCAUUUUGUCAACACUGUCCAUUGGUAUUCUUGGACUUGGAGACAUUGGUGCAGAAGUUGCAAAGUAUUGUAAAUAUUUCGGCAUGACGGUUUGGGGACUUGUCAGACGGGAUGUGGCGAAGGAGCAACGAUCCAAAUAUGUCGACCACUACAGAUUAAACAGCCAGAUGUCUGAAGUGCUCAAAUCCUGUGAUUACAUCUGUAGCCUACUCCCCAGCACGACGGACACGAGAGAUAUGUUAUCAGGAGACGUCCUGUCUGCUUGUAAAGAAAAGAAACCUGUUUUCAUCAAUGUUGGAAGAGGUGAUGUAAUAGACGAGGCCAGCGUCAUCAAUGCCAUAAGGUCUGGAUGGAUCUCAAAAGCUGUCCUGGAUGUGCAUAAAAUCGAACCUCUGCCCCAAGAUUCGCUGUUGUGGGACGAACCAAACGUUUUCAUAUCACCUCAUGCCUCUGCUUGCAGUCCACCUGAAAUGAUCUUUGACGUCUUCAAGGAGAACAUGGAACAUUACUCUAAAGGAGAACCACUCAAAUACUCAGUAAAUUGGGAGACUGGCUAUUGAUAUAUAAUGAGAAGAGUCCAUGACUAUCAUUCUUGAUUAUACAGGGUGUUGGAAUACCAAUCGGACACGUUUUUAUUGGCUAUACACUGGAGGCUGUGAAAUAUGUACCGAUCUCUUGCACCUGGUAAUACCUUGUAACUAGUCAACUAAUAAGGUGCUGGGGUUUUCCACUGUACAUUGUACAUGUGUCUUGACAAAAUAAAAUCAUUUUCUU